AAACGUUUUGUUUGCUCUCCGGCCGAUUUUGGGUGACACUUUUCAUCCCGUCCGGAUUUGGAUGCGGGCUUUUCGAUGGAUACGGAUCCAUAUCCAUAAGUAACGGCCGACCAAAUUGCUUCGAAUGGGGUUUACACUCUUUUUAUAGCUAGAGUUUUAUUGAUUUUAACGAUAAAGAUACAUGAAAAUUCCAUAUAGACAAGGUUGGUCUACGAAUAACGCGAAUUAUUGAUUCCGCCAGCAUAUUGAAUUUAAUACGAGUUUUAUGGCAUCAGGUCUAACAUGGGCUUCUCUUCCUUCUAAGCGAAUCAGUCGGAACUAGAGGCGUCGGUGCACUCGCUUGCAUAUUUUACCGAACGAAGGAGAACGAUCUAGAUGGCCAAAAUCAUUCGUUUUUAUGUAGCUCACUUAGCAUACCAUUCUGCAUAAAAGCCUAAGAAUCACCAGCCACCAGCAUCAAAUUAAGAAAUCAGUUAACCAACUCAACAUGCGUCAAUUCUCCGCAGUCCUUGCAGUCCUUUGUCUGGCGGCUCUCGCCUCGGCAGAUAAGUUGGGCUACAACUACCAGCCAGUGGCCCACUCCGCCUCCGGAUUGAGUUUCCAGCCCUCUGGAGCGGGAAGCAGCGAUGCCCCCACUUUUGCCGCUGCGCCUAGCGGAUCUAUUGCUGAGCCCAUUUCGGAUUUCGCUGGUCCUGUUGGAGAACAAUCUGUCGCUGCCCCUAACUACGCUGCUCCCCAGGCAGAACUCCAGAAGGAGUUCUUCACCUACACCGCCGACGAAGGUGACUUUUACGAUCCCGCUGCCUCCGACCAAGUCUCCUCCGCCCUGAACAAGGCCCUGCGCGUCGUCUUCAUCAAGGGACCCGAGAACCGUGGCCUGGAGGACGCUGCUCUGGCUCUGGCCAAACAGGCUGCCCAGCAGGAGACCGCCAUCUAUGUCCUUAACAAGCAGGCCGACAUCGGAGAUCUGGCCAACAAGUUGAACGCCAUCCGCAACAACAACAACAACAAGCCCGAGGUUCACUUUGUCAAGUACCGCACCCCCGAGGAUGCUGCCAACGCCCAGCGUGCCAUCCAGUCGCAGUACGACCAGCUGGGAGGAUCCUCCCAGUCCCAUGACGGUGGAGUGGCCUCCGCCCUGAACUUCGCCUCGCAAUCCGCUCCAGCUGCCGCCUCUGUGCCCGCGGCCACCGCUCCCAUCUCCUCCUACGUCCCGCCAGCGACACCUGGAAGCAGUUACCUGCCCGCCAACAUUCUGCGACGCCUGAGAUUUUAGAUUUUAACAUAAAUUCGAAAAUAGACAUUCCUCCGUUAUUGUUGAGAUUUUUAUGCGAAAUAAAUCUGUUUGUUAAUGUAAAUUGUCAAGUGGCUUGCGGAUCUGAUCGUCCAACAUUCCUAGGCAUGCCA